AUGAAUGACGCUUAUACUUUCGCCAGCGAACAUGCUACUAAAAACAGUUCAAAAGGAAAGAGACAUUAUGAUAAAGGUGCGAGAUAUUCUACGUUAAAGCCUUGUGAUCGUGUACUAGUAAGGAAUUUAAGUGAACGGGGUGGUCCUGGGAAGUUGCGAUCGCACUGGGAGAAAGACAUUCACAUUGUCGUAAAUUGCAUGCCGGACAGUCCCGUGUAUGAAGUGAAACCAGAAGCGAAAGACGGAAGGAAACGAUUACUUCAUCGGAAUCUUUUGUUGCAGUGCGAUUUCCUACCACUCACACCGGAACCACAACAAAAAACAAGUCCAAAAUCCGUUCAAAAGAAGGGUAAAGGCCCAAUUGAAACUGCACACGGAACAGCAGAACAGUGUGAAAGUGAUAGUGAUGACUCGGAGAUUUUGAUUCAAAUAUUACCUGAACAGAGAAAUUUUGAAAAUGAUUCAUUACAAGGAAACGAAGCGGUGGAUCGAAGUAAACCUGAUACGGCGGAUCCAGCAGACGAUAUAGCGCAAAACCAAGCUGCAGAGAACACUCAGGAGCCUAACCGGAACACGCAGCUGGAAGAGCAACAAAAUGAAGAAGCAAUAUAA